CGCGGAAUUUCUUCGAGGAAAUGACCCGAAACUCGUUCGCAUUUCGCUUGCGACUGUGUCGCGCGUGCGUCGCGAGUGCAGUGCCUUGGUGGCGAUCCGUGUCUUUCGCGGAGUGAAACAUCGGCCCUUCGGUUGCGGAAUCAAAGGGAUGAUUGUCAGUGUACCAAGAUGGCGGCGCGGCGGCAAGCGGCCCGCCCCUGUUGCGCAAUCACCGUCGCCUCCAAGCGUUCUCGUGUUGCGUGUGUCCAGUGCAGUGACUCAAUGUGGAUGAUUUGCAGUGUGGAUGGAACCGGCGGUACGAACCAGCCGCUUGAUGUUUCGAGAACCCUCCGAAGAUCGCUCGCUGCCGGGCUGGCCCGGCGAAGACGCGCCGCGCACCCGGCGUGCGCGUGCUAACUCGAAAUACGUACCAGGAUAGAUACAGUAGCCCCAACCUGGGGUGUAUCUACGGCCCGCCCGCCCAGUGAGGGGCCCACCUUCGCGGCGAGUGGACGCACGACACCAGCACUGGCCUUGCAGAGCACUCAUUGCUGGAAGUGUGUUGUCCUGAGUGCCCGAUUGCCCGCACCCUCUUCGUCUCUGCCGGUCACCCCGGUCGACUGUGAGCACCAUCGGUGAGAUCCCUGCGCAGCCAUGGCGCCGGGGCCGCAGAGCCCGCGAUGCAGUUGGCGAAGUCCGUGGUCCGCGCUGACUCUGCUGCUUCUCGUCUGCACAGGUGUGGUGACGUCACUGAGGGACGCCCGCGUGGAGAUCCCCAGGGCCGUGCUGCGCUACAAGGACGCGACGCUGCGCUGCGUGUACGACAUGGAGGGCGAGGAGCUGUACUCCAUCAAGUGGUACAAGGGCCAGCAGGAGUUCUUCCGCUUCACGCCCAAGGAGACGCCGUCCGCCAAGGUCUUCCACAUCGAGGGCAUCGACGUCAUGAAGGAGCGCUCGGACGCCCGCAAGGUGACGCUGCGCCACGUGGACCACUCCGCGGCGGGCCGCUACGCGUGCGAGGUGUCCGCCGACCGGCCCUCCUUCACCACCUCCAUGGUGGAGGGCCGCCUCAACGUCGUCGAGGUGCCGCGCCACCCACCCAACAUCCUGGGGCUCAAGUCGCGCUACCAGCUGGGCGAGUACCUGCGCGCCAACUGCACGACGGAGCCCUCGCACCCGCCGGCCAACCUCACCAUCUACAUCAACGGCAACCAGUACGUGGGCCGCGAGCGGGUGAGUCACUUCAAGACGCGGCCGGACGAGGAGAAGAGACAGCGGCCCGUGGUGGGCGUGUCCAUCAAGCUGCUGGCCGAGCACUUCGGGCCCGACAACAAGCUCAAGAUUCGGUGCCUGGCCACCAUCUACGACGUGUACAACAAGGUGGACGAGCGGUCCGUGGAGCUCCGCAGCUCCUACCUGGUGCCGCCCAACGUCCUGGAGACCAACCAGCCCCCCAACGAGCCCUACGACCAGGACAUGUACGACGACGGCAAGCGCGGCCGCUACCCCGGAGGUGAGGUCACCUAGGUCACGGGUUCAAAU